CCCAGCCUGGAUUCCUUAGCGUUCCAAUAUACAGCUGCAUCAUCGGUAUCGAGCGAAGUGCAGCGUGAUCCUGUAGCAUCGAGAGUUCUCGGCAGAGACGAUUUCUGUACACCCGUCCAAGUGCAUGUGUUGAUAGGCCACUGGGAGAGAAACAGGGGCCGCAGCCCGGUCUUUAAAUGCGGCAGGUUACUCCCAUGUCACCUCCCAGGACGCCCCGCGAGCCAAAUACACCCAGCCUGGCCGUGAACCGCUACCCCUGCGAGAUUCGGUUUCAGAAUCUGGGCUUCCAUGUUCCCAACAGCGGUGACGGCGGUUUGGCAAUUCUCAAUGAUGUCACGGGUGUGUGUGCGGCCAAGCGCAUGGUUGCAGUCAUGGGACCCUCGGGCGCCGGCAAAUCCACACUUCUCAAAAUCCUGGCAUGCAAUGUUUCUGGAGGGGAGCAGCAAGGGCACAUACUGGUCAACGGCUCACCUGUUCACCCAAAGGUGUUCAAGAACCAGUCUGCGGUCGUGUGGCAGAGCGAUGUGUUGCUCGCCAGUGCCACGGUGAAGGAGGCCCUGAUGACAAGUGCGCUCUUGAAGCUGCCUCAGAGCCUGUCCAGGGCCAAAAAGGAGGAGCGGGUGGAGCAGAUUUUGGAGGAGCUGGAGCUGCAAGGGGUGAAGGACCACAUGAUAGGGGAGGAUGUGGAUGGAGCGGUGAGUGGCAUUUCCGGCGGCGAGCGGCGGCGCGUGUCGGUCGGCAUCGGCCUCGUGACGGAUGCGCGCGCCAUUUUCUUGGACGAGCCGACCACCGGGUUGGACUCCGACUCCGCCGAGCAGCUCAUCUCUCUGCUGUCUCACCUCGCCACCCACAAGCACCGCACGAUUGUGCUGACGAUCCACCAGCCGAGCAGUGACAUCUGCGAGCGAUUUGAUGACCUCAUCCUGCUCUCCUCUGGCCGCAUGCUCUACUGUGGCCCCUGGCCCGAGGCCGACCAGUACUUUGCCAACGCCGGCUUCGAGCGGCCGGGGUACCGCAGCACGGCGGAGCACAUUCUGACGCUGUGCAAGGACAAGGAGUACGCGGUGCCCUUCCUGGCGGGGCAGUACGCCAAGAGCCUCAUCGAACAACACCUCACCCGCCUUGACAGCCAGGCCUCCAUGGGCGCGCUGGGCCUGGGCCUGAAGCGCGGCGGCAGCGUGGGGCGCCUCUCGCGGCAUAACAGCAUCACCGGCGGAGAAAGGAGCAUCACCGGCGGAGAGAAGCCGCUCGCGCGCGGGGGAAGCCUCGUGAUCGAUCUGGAGGCGCAGGCUGUCUCGGUCGUGUCGCCGCGGUCGGGAUCGGCGCCGACGAACAUGACGGCCGUCAUUGCGCGCCACAUGGUCGCUGGCGCGCUGCAGUCCGUGCCCUCCAACGGUCUGUUGCCGGAUGACCUCCCGUCCACCAGCCAUGAGCAUGUGGCCCUAGAGGAGGUGGCCACUUCGCAGUGGUACCAGGUGCAUGUGCUGAGCGUGCGCUUCCUGAGGUCCUGGUACAGGUGUCCAACCAACCUGGCCAUUCAGGCCGGCCAGUACAUCUUCUUCGCAUUGCUCAUAGGUGCCACCUACUGGCGACUAAGCAAGGACCUGCCCGCGGCGUCCUUUGACCGGCUGGCAUCCCUCUGGUUUGUGGCGUCUUGCAUGGUGCUGCAGCCUGGCAACAACGCCUGCACCAUCAUGUACUCCCAGAAGCCGCUGCUGCGGCGAGAGAUCAGCAACGGCCUCUACCAUUACUCAUCCUUCUUCAUUGCCAAGAGCCUGACCUCCCUUCCCUUCCAGCUCGCCUUCGCCUGCAUCUUCACCGGCUCUGUCUACUUUCUGGUCGGGUACCAGAUAAGCCUGGUGAAGUUCUUCCUCUUCUUUGCGCUCAACUUUGAGCUGCUGCUGAUCAGCGAGACGCUGGGCAUUCUGUGCGCUGGCCUGGCGCGCAACGAGCUUGUGGGCAUGAUCAUUCUGGCCACCUUCUACGUGCCCCUCCUCAUGUUCACCGGCUUCAUCCAGACCAAGACACCGGCGUACCUGGCAUGGAUCAAGAAGCUGUCUUACGUGGCGUACGGCUACAGCGGCCUGGUCAAGAACGAGUUCGAGGGGCUCUCCAUUCACACCGCCCAGGGAAUGGCUGUCCCCGACGCCUCCGGCCUCAUCCCCGCAAACAUCGAGAACGGUCUCAGCAUCGGCACAGACGCGCUCAUCAUGCUGGGAAUCCUGAUCGGCAUGCGCUUUGUCGCCUACAUCCAGAUGACGCUCGCCAUCAAAUUCCACAAGCUCUGAGGCGGCUUCGCCGGCGGCUGCUGGCCGGCCGGGCCCUGAAGCUGCCGCUGUAGGUUCCCUGCAGCUUCAGGUCCCGAGCAUGCGGCGCGCGGCCACGCCGGGGAUGAGGGAUUAUCUAAUGCUGGGAGCCAAAAUGGGCAGUGCACUUCUUAAAGAAUGUAGAGGGUGUUUCUUGACCAUGAUUUAGUGUUUGUUGACCAAAAGGUUGGUGCGCAACAGUUGCCAAAUGCCAGCCACUGCAGCCUGUAGGCAGCACUGCAAGAGUGGCAAACGUCAAAGAUAUUGCCAAUAUCGCUGUGCAGAUGCAGCGGCAUUGAAUGUCGGGCAAACGCACACCCUUUGCGUGGUGGCAGCCACUCACGCCAGGCAUUCUGAGGUUGGGCCUCAAGAUGAUUGGCGCAGAACUGAAGAGACUGGCUUUAAGAGUGUGGCCGACCACUCAAUGUCUCACUUGUGCGGCGAGAUUCUUUCGGUGGCAUGACACAAGCCGGUUGCUGGUGCAGAUUGUGAAGCUCUUUAUGGGACAGCAGAUCUUACGCUACUUCCUAAUGUGGAGCUGCUUGCAUGCCCAGGUAGAGCUGUUGAAUACGACUAGUUGAGAAAACAAAAGAACAAUGAUCGAGAACAGUCCCACAAAUGAGGUGUUUACACCAGCACAAGUGAACUCUCUACUGCUGCAGAUUUGCGCUGAAGAGGAGCCACAAAAUGUCCGACUGAUAGUUGCAGAGCAAGUGUCCGCUUUUCAUGACGCGCUUAAUCAAUUGUACUGGGUUGUUAUUGUGCCAAUAGUGACGGGACUACUGUGUCGAAGGCGCUUUCCAAUAUGCCUCCAGAACAUUGCUGUGCAGAAGCAGGACUGAGAAUUUGAAAGACGGCAGAUAGGUCAGAUUGAAGGGGGCAAUAACACGUGAUUGAGGCGUUUGCAGCAGAAGACACUCUAGGAUCCAACUCGUGUUGACGAGGCGUCUGAUUUCUCAUUGAAGAUAUUCCUCUCCUUUCUCGUGCUUUGACAGGCAGAAGGCCAUGCAUGCUAGGAGCUUUCGCCCUGUACUUUUACCCCCUUUGCUUUUGUCCCCACCCCGUCUGCUAGAUCAGGCAUUUAGUCGUGGAUGCAGUACUGCCUUACUACUGAGUUGUAGAACAGCAUUGCGAUGCGUGAGAGGUACAUACAUUGCAAUAUUGGCAUCAAUAGCAACGCCUCAUUAGCCAGACUCAGUCAAGUACAAAUCACUGUAACAGCCUUGUAGCUUUGAAGGUGUGAUAUG